CUAUAAUUUUUAACAUCAAACAUUUGGAUUAUAAUUAAAGUACAUGUAGUUCAAAAUGAAAUGUGUCUAUAAUAAAAUUAAGUUUGAAAGAUAAUGUUAUAAAAUACAUUUUAAUUAUGGUAUCAACAUUUUUUGUUUAAAAUCAAUUGACAUAAAGCCAUUAUUAUGACAUCUGUCCGAGAUAAACAAAUUGCAGCAUUGAAGCAAAUGCUCAACUUAAAUAGUCCAGAUUUUAAAGAUAAUAGUUCAGAACCUGUUUGGAAAGUACUAAUAUAUGAUCGUCGUGGUCAAGACAUCCUAUCACCAUUAAUUCCAAUUAAAGAACUACGAGAAUGUGGUGUGACAUUGCAUUUAAGUAUUCAUUCUGAACGUGAUCCUAUACCUGAUGUAGCUGCUAUUUAUUUUUGUAUGCCAGAUCAAGAAAAUCUUGACCGAAUAGCUCAGGAUUUCCAAAAUAAUGUGUAUGAAAAAUAUUAUUUAAAUUUCAUCUCAGCUAUUUGUCGUCAAAAAUUGGAAGACUUGGCUAGUGCUGCAUUACAAACAGAAAAUGUUAGCCAAGUUCAUAAAAUUUACGAUCAAUAUUUAAAUUUUAUUUCUUUGGAAGAUGAAUUAUUCAUAUUAAGCAAUCAAAAUUCACAAGCUGUAUCAUAUUAUGCAUUGAACCGUGCUGAUGCUAAAGAUACAGAUGUUGAAGUAAUGAUGGAUGAUACUGUUGAUGGUCUGUAUUCAGUAUUUGUUACUCUUGGGACAUUACCUAUUAUUCGUAGUGCCCGUGGUAAUGCUGCAGAAAUGGUUGCUGAAAAAUUAGAUAAAAAGCUGAGAGAAAAUUUAAGGGAUACUAGAAAUAGUUUAUUUUCAUCUGAGAAUUCUGGAUUUUACAAUUUUCAGCGGCCUCUUUUAAUUGUACUUGAUCGUAAUAUUGACAUGGCAACACCUCUACAUCAUACGUGGACUUACCAAGCAUUAGUCCAUGAUGUACUAAAAUUAAAUUUAAACAGGGUUACAGUAACUCAAGAACAAAAAAAACCCAAAACUUUUGAUUUGGAUCCAAAAGAUUCUUUUUGGAUGACUCAUAGAGGAAGUCCAUUUCCUACAGUAGCAGAAUCAAUUCAAUCUGAAUUAGAGCAAUUAAAAAACUCUGAAGAAGAAGUCAAACACUUAAAAGAAUCUAUGGGCUUGGAUGGAGAGAGUGAUGUUGCUUUAGCCAUGAUGAGUGAUAAUACAGCUAAGCUUACAUCUGCUGUUAAUUCUUUGCCUCAACUAUUAGAAAAGAAAAGGUUAAUAGAUAUGCAUACAGACUUAGCUACAAGUAUUUUAUCUGUUAUUAAAUCUCGACGUUUAGAUUUACUGUUUGAAUUUGAGGAAAAAGUUAUGAGCCAAGUAUCAUUGGAUAAACAAAUACUAGAUAUUAUCAAUGACCAAGAAGCUGGAACUGCUGAAGAUAAAAUGAGACUGUUCAUAAUUUAUUAUAUUUAUACACAUAACAUUUCAGUUUCAGAUUUGGAUAUGUACUCAUCAGCCUUAGAAAAACAAGGUUGUGAUCUUAGCCCACUCAAAUAUAUUAAAAGAUGGAAAAUGUACUCCAAUAUCACAACUACAUCAAAUCAAUAUGGGGGUGGUACCAAAUCUGUUAAUAUGUUUGAAAAAUUACUUUCUCAUACUUCUUCAUUUGUUAUGGAAGGUGUAAAAAAUUUAGUUGUUAAAAAGCAUACAUUUCCAGUGACUCGAAUUGUUGAUGAAUUAUUAGAAAAUAAACAAUCAUCUAGUUCAACAGAUGAAUUUCGUCAUUUUGAUCCUAAACAAUUACGUAAUUCUGAUGGAUUUAAAUCAAAAAAUACAUUUAGUGAAGUUAUAGUAUUUAUAGUUGGUGGAGGCAAUUACAUUGAAUAUCAGAAUUUAUUGGAGUACGUAAAAAAUAAAACUGUGUCUCCUGGUAUACCACAAUUAAAAAUUGUUUAUGGAUCGACUGUAGUAAAUAAUGCUUCAGACUUCUUGGAACAGCUAUCGUUGUUGGGCAAAGAAUUAAACUAAUAUAUUUUCUGUUAUUUUAAAUUUUUUUUAUUCAAUUAGUAAAUAUAUAUAUUUACAAACA